AUGCCUGCAAUCGGUCUUUCUUGGCCUGGGACUGGGAUGGUAGCUGUGGGUACAGUGGUGGUAAUUUGGGCUAUGUUAAGGAAGUUACAAACCCUCAGCAAUGAUCCCAACGCGCCACGCUGCCUUCCAUACUCACUACCGUUCCUGAAAAGUACCAUCCCAUUUGUGCUCGAUGGACCAAACUUUUUCCGUUGGGUCUCCUGCUAUUGCCAGGACCGUUGGCCAGUGCGGGUAAAUCUUCUGAAUGGUGAGGUCUAUAUAGUCCAAGGGGCUAAGAACAUCGCUGCCAUUUUCAGCAAGCCCGGCCUUACAGUUACCCGAGCAUAUAGCAUUGCACUGAAACAUUGCUUUGGGAUGGAGCAGAAAGCCGCUGAUGUCUAUCUCGCUGAUACUUCGGGCUCCUGGCAUCGACCUAUCCCCGGCAGCCAAACGCCGUGGCACGGCCGUGUGAGCUAUCAUACCCAUGAGAACCUCGUUCGAGGCCUCUUGGGUGCCGAGCUAAACCCAAUAACGGAGCGCAUAGAAGGACUGUUAUUUGCCUCAUUGGCAAAGGCCCUGCCAGCGACUCCGGAAUGGACGUAUGGGGAGGACUUGACCGAGUUCUUUGAGAACCAUCUCGGAUCAGCCAUCCUGGAAGCCUUAUACGGCCCGCUGCUGGUCAGAAAAAACCCAGAGUUCAACCGCAACCUGUGGCGGUAUGAUAAACAAAUAAUGAAGCUAGCCACGCGCUUGCCAUCGUGGCUGAUCCCGAAAGCCUAUCGUUUGCGGGAUGAACUUCUCGAUGUUAUCAUGAAAUGGCAUCAACAGGCUGCUCUACUCUCGGAAACGAUGCCAAGCAGUGAAAUGGCUGGUGGAAGUGAAGCCGAUCCAUACUGGGGAUCGGCCAUGAUGCGCGAAAGAAACAAGAUGCUGUUGAACAUAGAAGGGCAAGACGCCAAGUCGGCGGCAUCCACAGAUCUUGGCUUUAUCUGGGCCUCUGUUACCAAUGUCGUGCCAUCGACCAUGACCCUUUGUACUCACAUGUACCGUGAUUCCUCACUCGUCGAGGAUAUUCGUAUAGAGGUUCGGGAUUGCAUUCAGCCGGGGACCACCUCGCGGUUUGAUCUCAACAAGCUUGCGAAACAGCAGUUUCUGCUCUCGAUGUAUGCUGAGACCUUGCGCUUUGGUGUACAAAUCCAUAUCCCUCGCUGCUCACCACACCAACCGCUUUCCGUGGCAGGAGCAACCAUCCAGCCGAAUAAAAUGAUCCUCAUAAACACAGGACUCGCGCAUUCCGAUGAGUCAGUAUGGAACACACGAAAUGGACAGUAUCCGCUGGAUACCUUUUGGCCGCAGCGAUUCCUUGUUGAUCCAACAGACAAAAGUAGUGGGCCUUUACGAAAAGACUAUAUUCAGCCAUGUGUCUCGCCUUCUACGGAAGAGGACAAGAAGAUGAACAGCCAAGCUCCAACCUCAAGGCAAUUUACCUUAGAAGGGCUCGAGGGAAGCUGGAUACCUUAUGGAGGUGGACAACACGCAUGUCCGGGUCGGAAUCUAGCCAAGCGUAUUAUAUUGCUCGCAAGCUCGAUGAUGGCUAUUAUGUUUGACAUCGAGCUACUAGCUCCCGACUCGUCCUUGCAGUUUGGUUCGCCCCGGUUUGGAUUUGGGGUCCGUAAGCCAUCCGCACAAGUGCCUUUUCGGAUCCGACGCCGACAACCAGUCAGUGAACAUUAG